AUGUCAACAGGCCCACAUACCCCACAUACUGACGAAUUAAUGAGUGAUCCUAUAAAUAGCACUCUUUGUUCGAUAACUGCAGCUGAUGAUAUUAUUUUGGAUACUCAAGAGGAAAAUUCUGCUAACGAGGAAGAUCGUAGACAUAAUAAAACAGAUGAAGAUUCUUAUAGACCUAGAAAAAGAAGAGGUUCCAGUAGAUCGUAUUCACCACAUAGACGCUCAAGAUCCCCUAGACGUUCUAGAUCUCCUAGACCAGUCUCAUUAAGACGUUCCCGAUCUCCACGUACACCAUCACCUUAUCCAUCAUCAAAUAGUUAUCGCAAUUUCACUCGUCCAAUUAAACGUGAAAGAGAUUUUGAUAGUAGGGAAGGAGGACAUCAUACAGCAUCGGUUAUUCGAAAUAGGGAAAGGGAUAGACGUACAGGAAGUGUUAUUGGUGGAACUAAUAAUAGAUUAUCUCCUCCUUAUCCCAAUCCACAUUCUCGUGACAGAUAUAAUGGUCGACCUUUUAUUAAACAGGAGAAAUCAUACAGUCAGAGAUUAUCGGCAAAGGAAACAGCAGCAUUGACCGCAUCACAAAGAUCACAAAAAGAAUGUCGUGUUUAUGUUGGUAAUUUAGCUUAUGAAAUUAAAUGGGCUCAAUUAAAAGAUUUUAUGCGUCAAGCUGGUGAAGUUGUUUUUGCUGAUGUUUUAAUGCAAUCAAAUGGAAUGUCAAAAGGUUGUGGUGUUGUAGAAUAUCGUACACCCGAAGAUGCAAGACGAGCUAUUGAAACAUUGAAUGAUACACAAUUGUUAGGAAGACCUGUAUUUAUUAGAGAGCUUCCUUAUUCGGUUGGUUGGCAGGAACUUAAGGAUCUUUUUAGAAAUGCUGGAAAUAUUAUUAGAGCAGAUAUUCUUGUAGGACAAGACCGAAGAUCGAAGGGGUCUGGGACAGUAUUAUUUGAGACGCCGGAAGAUGCUGCAAAUGCGAUUUUUGUGUACGAUGGGUACGAUAUGAAUGGUAGAAAUAUUGAAGUCCGUGAGAUUGAAAAAAUAUUUUUUGCAGCAACAACAACUUCAUCAUUAGCAGCAACGCCAGCAUCAACAACGGCAGGUGGAGGUGGAAAUUCAACUACGGUCGGUGGAGGGAUUGGAGGAUUUAAUCCAAUUGGAGGUGGUGGUGGGUUUAAUCCAUUGGGUGGUGGUGGAGGGGGAGAGGGACAUAGUAACCCAGAGACAACAACAUUUGAUACAUAUGGACAAGUAGUAGCAUAUGGAGGAGAUUUUUCAGGUACUACUGGUGCAGGUGGUAUGAUAGAUUAUAGAGUAGGAAGGAGAGGGGGAGGGGAAUUUUCCACGGCAGGUUAUCCAGCAGCAGCAUAUACUGGAACAUUUGGCAGUUCUGCAGGGUUUUAUCCUACGCCUGGGUUAAAUACUUCAACAACAAUUGGUACUCAAAUAUUUGUAAGAAAUUUGCCGUUCAAUACUACAAAUUUAGAUUUGAGAGAGUUGUUUAAACAUUGUGGUAAUGUCGUUAGAGCAGAAAUUUUACCUAAAGGAGCAGGACUUGUACAAUUUGAUUCAAAUGAAUCGGCUCGUUUUGCAGUUGAAAAAUUUAGCGGUUAUAUGUAUGGAGGACGUGGAAUAGAAGUGAACUUUGAUCGAUUUACAUGA